UACCAGCGAGAACGCUUGUCUCUUCGCCAAAUUAAUCAUAACAUAGGUUUAAAAACAUUUUUUGCUUUUGCAUAAAUUAAAACAUCAAUCGUACAAUCCCUAAAAUUCAAAUAUCGAACUUCUCAGUGUUACCAUUUAGUGUUGUGUUUUGAAUUUCGAAUACAUUUUCAAUCGCAAUAAAAUGUGCAUUAAGUCGAUGGUCGCACAAUUUUAAAUAGUAUUUUUAUUCGGCUGGACCGUACCUCGCUUUGGAAAAGGAUUCGACAAAAGAGUAUUUAUUGCAAUAAAAACUCUUACAAAAACAAAAAAAAAUAACUGACAUUGAAAGUUUUAUAAAUAAAUAAAUAUUUUUUAGGUUAUUGUAAAUUGUUGAAAUAAAAUAAAUAAUUAGUGAUUUAAAUAGGAUUUAUAAAGUUAAGAACAGUGCAACAGGUGUCCGAGACAACGACACUCGACAUGAUUUUAUAUGAUUUGCAAAUCGAGGCUGGUGCCGGCGAAGGUCCAGGUCCGCCAGUGAACAAUAACUCGGAGGGUGCGGUGGCCAGCCCCCCUCGCGAUGACAACCACAACGCGCAGCAACCGCCCCCCGUCACUCCCAGGGCUAGACCCCUCACUCCUGCAGAAGCGCUGAAGCUGUACGGAGACAGGUUAUCAGAAUGGGAGAGGAAUGAGGUGAGGAAGUACCCUGAGGUGUGGUUCCUGGGGCUGGACUCCAACAAGGUGCAGGCGCGCGCCAACCUGCCCAACAACUGCGGCUUCGAUGACGAGAACGGUAGCUACAAUAAGCAAAUCCACGACCACAUAGCCUACAGAUAUGAGAUCCUCGAAGUGAUCGGCAAGGGAUCCUUCGGUCAGGUCAUCAGGGCUCAGGAUCAUCGCACAGGGACUCAGGUCGCCAUCAAGAUCAUCAGGAAUAAGAAGAGGUUCCAUCACCAGGCGCUGGUGGAAGUGAGGGUGCUGGAUCAUCUCCGGCUGAAGGAUAAGGACCAAGCCCACAACGUGAUUCACAUGCUCGACUAUUUCUACUUCAGGAACCAUCUUUGCAUCAGUUUUGAGCUUAUGAGCAUCAAUCUAUACGAGCUGAUCAAGAAAAACAACUAUCAAGGGUUUAGCCUGAGCCUCAUCAGGAGGUUCGCGAGUUCCCUCCUCCGAUGCCUCAGGCUGCUAGAAGGGGAGAACAUCAUUCACUGUGACCUCAAACCAGAGAACAUCCUACUAAAAGCGAGAGGCAGUUCCUCAAUCAAGGUGAUAGACUUCGGGAGCUCGUGCUACACGCAUGCGCGGGUCUACACCUACAUACAGUCGAGGUUCUACCGCAGCCCUGAGGUCAUACUGGGCCUGCAGUACGGGACCCCUAUCGAUAUGUGGAGCAUGGGUUGCAUCCUAGCGGAACUCCACACUGGUUACCCGCUGUUCCCGGGCGAGAAUGAAUCAGAGCAGCUGGCUUGCAUCAUGGAGCUGCUUGGACCACCUCCUCCAGACCUGCUGCUGCAUGCUACAAGGAAGAGAUUGUUUUUUGACUCAAAAGGCUGCCCCCGCAGCAUCACCAACUCCAAGGGUCGGAAGCGGAGGCCUGGUACCAGGGCUCUCACCACCAUCGUGAGGUCCGACGACCCUGCCUUCCUGCACUUCUUGCACAGAUGUCUUGAAUGGGAUCCAAAGCGGCGAAUCACUCCGACAGAAGCUUCACGCCACGAGUUCGUCACUGGAUGUGCUCUGGGCACGGCGCCGGCUGGAGUGCUGGCCUUGCCUCGACUGGCACCGCCGCGGCCCACGCGAGGAGCCCUCCUGCACUCGCAAUCCGCUGGUGACGUCGCCGCCAUGCUGGGCAGGGCGUGACCUCGCGACUCCUGAGUGAGGGUCGGCUCCGGAGGCCUGCCGUAGACAGCUUCGUUUUGUUUCCGUAGGUACAACGAGUAGGACUCCGACAGGGCCUCGACAGGCUCACACAUGACUUUAGUGUAAUCAGUUCCAUUAUAUUUGGUGUCCUUGUUGUUCUUAUAGUGGAAUUCAAGUAUUCAGAUGUUACAUAUAAGGGUGUUUGUAGUGUGUAAGCAAUUAGUGAGGGAUCAGAAUUAGAACCUUCUGAGCGGACAAUAAAUCAAGGGCUAUCAGAGGUCAUCUGCAGCGACUGUAGCCCGCUCAACGAAACAGUUGAGCAACUUCCUUCGAGAUUGUAACACGUAAGAUUUACUGGGUGUCUAAUUGUGUCCUAUUCUCUGCUAUUAUUGCACAUCCUUCAUCUUCUAUACUUUAUGUCUGACCUUGAAUGUGUAUUUUUCUCCGUUUAGCCUAAAUGGUCGUAAAAAUGUCAUUAAGGUGUUUACGACUGACAGUCAUCAAAUUAGAUGAAGCAUCGCCUCUCCAACACCAGUAGUUGUGAAGCAACACUAAAACACAGUAAACGACCCACAAAUACGACGGGUAAUGGGGUCAUAUCGGCAACAUAAUAGCCAUUAAAGAUACUUAGCUUAAAUGAGUUACUUCACAACGUCUGCUUGCAAAAAUUUGCCAAAAAUGUUUUUGGGUUGUGUGCAAAAGUGGCAAUUAUAUCUAUUGUUACCUAAUGUCACUUUGUUAUCGGAAACUAUUUAGUAUUCGUGACUGUUUCAAAUAGUUGAGUGCAUUGCUUCUAGCAUCCAUAUACACGGAAUACAAAUGAAUGGAUACAUUAAAAAAGUGUCACAGAGUCGUAAAUAUUUCCCAACGUAUAUUUUGUUCAAAUUUUUUUUAAACAUUGACAUCUUUACGACAGUAUAUUGUUUUUAUUUGUGUGAAAAACAAAGUGAAGUUUUAAACAAAAUGCGAACGUAUUAUUAAAGUGCCAAAGAUCAUUAUUUCAGUAAGCUGAAGUAUAUUUCUUUCUUAGUUUAUAGAAUUUUCAAUGAUGUCUAUCCAAUGCCUGCUCGAGGUCCAUGAUAUAGUAGAUGAACUUAAACUUAAUAUUAUACUAAAUGUAUAUCUAAUAUCAUAUCGUCAAAUAUCAUUCUUCUUUCGAUGUCCAGGUAGAAGUUUCCAGAAGUUUCUGUUCAAAGCCCCACUGUCCAAUGUUGUGUCGACUGAAACAUAGUACAAGUUUGUAUACGUUCUCAUAUCACAAAAUGGCUCUAUAUAUACGUUAAAAUACUUUAUAUUAUGUGCACUAAACGACUGUGUUUAUAGAAUCUAUAAUGAUGAAUGGAAUUAGAGAGACCAGUGCGCUGAAUUAGACUAUAAAUUAGUAUUUCUCGCAAUACGUCUGACACAAUUUCGUGUAUUAUCGAAUGAUUCCACGAUCGACAUUUUAGUGUAGAAUGGCUUUUACUAAUUCCAUUUAUCAUUAUUAGAAGCAACAAGUUGGAAGCUUAUGUAAAGUUUUCAAUCUAACAAUAAUAUUACUCUAGAUUUAUCAAUUUGAUCGUAUUAUUAGGAGGCAAUAAAACGCGCCAUUUUUGUUCGCAUUCGUUUCAAAAUGAGAAUGCAUUAGGAUUUGUUUUUUUGUUUACACGCGAUCACAGAUAAAAUAUUGCUAUAUUUGGCCGGUGUUAUGUCGAAUGAAAACCUCUUUGUUUAUUUUUGUGGAAUUUGCUACCUACUUACUGUUGAUUCAUAAUAAUACGAACAAAUGAAUUAGUCAAAAUAUUAGAUAAUUGUAUAGGAUAAUAGUAAAAAAUCGGGUAUAUAGAUAAUAAAUGUUCUAGUUAUUGUGAUGUUGUAGAUUUUUGUAAAAUUCAUUAUAAUGUUAGUAAGAUAUCUAAGCUUUAAAUAAUCGAAGUGUUGUUAGUCGAGUAGUCAGUUUUCUUUUAUUAUUGUGUAGUUGAAUUUAAACGUUUAUUAUUAAAUAAAUAGAGAUAAUUUCAAAAGUUUUUUGCUGCAGUGUUUAAGUACAGCAUUAUUUAUUGUUUAAAUAAAAAAUGUGAUAUCGUCGUGUUAAGUAAUAUAUUGAACAAAAUUGACUUGAAAAUAAUAUUAUUGUGUAGCUAUUUUAUGUUAAAAUACUUUGGCUGUAAUUGGGAAUAUGGAAGUAUUAAAUACUUGUUUGGAUUUGUUGAAUAAGUUUACUUUGUAAUAGACAAGCCUGUUUUAAUUAUUGUGCUUUAUAUCUUGGACAUAAUCGACAAAAAUACAGAAAAGACACUAUGUUGACUGUUUCGUUUUGACAGCUAUAAAAUUAAAUCUUAUCGCGCCUUUUUUACUAAGUGACAGUACUCACAGAUAAUAUAAGAAUCGAGAGUGUCCAAGGUGUAGCACAAUAAUUGGUAAUGUGGUAACGCCAAAAAUGCAAUUUUUGUCUCCUCUCAUUGACAAACAAGUUUUCCAAUGUUUAUUUAAUGUAUAAAUAAGUAGAUGUAAAAUUAUUUCGCAAACUAAGCUUGCUUAUAUACUUGAAACAGCUUGAAUUAUUUAUAAAAACAAAUAAGUCUUGCCUAACUUAGUUUUUUAUCAUUAACUAAGGCACAUAUUACGUUAGUAUAAAGUUUCUAGUCAAGAAUUAAAGUCAUUGAUUUAAUAGAAUAACGAACGGACCAAUGUCUUUGGUUCUAUAGCUUUUUCAUAUAAAAAAAUAUUAGUAUCUGUCUUGUGUAGAGUUUUUUAAAUAGUAGUCUAUCAAACAUCGAAUUUGUCAUGUUUCAUCAAAUUGCGUCAGUGUAAAAACAACCUUAGGUGUUACAAAAUAUGUCUUCAAAUUCAUUUUCAAUUUGUUUUGUGAACUUUAACUGUCUAGUCAAUCGAUAAUAAGUUUAGUGUGAAUCGAUUUAAAUAACUCUAGUAUUAUGUGUCUAAUUUAAGUUGUCUUUAUGUUCCUAUUUUUUGUAUCCAUUGUUGUAAUAUUCUUUUUAAUAAGUAUCUUCAUUUUAAGUGUCGAAAUUGGACUGUCACAUUCUAUUGUUUAUGUAUGUUUAGUUUCUAGAAAUAAGUUGAUGGACAAAUAGCUCUUUCUAGUCUAUAGUAAGAAUUUGUUACUCCUAGGAAAUGGUCUAAGAUUGUAUAUACUCUUAUCAUUUUAGCGUUAGGAUUAGGCCAAGCCAAACUGUGAAUUGACUAAGUAUUCGUAAUGAUUUAGACAAGGGGAUGUAUUGUGACAACUGCCAACGUCUCAAUUUAUAAUCUAUUGAUUUGACAGCUGACAUUAACUGUCAUCUGUCAAUAGAAAUGUCAGUGUCAAAAAUGUGAUGGAUUAUUUUAUUUUGGCGUGGGUGUAGUCAUUGUUUCGCUGCGCUGUGAAACAGGGAAGGCAUUAUUUGUCCUGUAUUAUCUUAACCUCUUUCUCGCACUGAGACAAUGAUAGUUUUAACAUAAUACAUCCUCUAUGGCGGGUACAGACUAGCGAUUGGUCCAUACCAUCCAUAAUUGCAAAAGCAAAACAUUUGAGCAAUUCCAUUUAUGAAAUGCUGUUAAAUUUGAAUAACUACUGUUAAUGUUUAACUAUAAAAUGAAUAUCGAAAUAAACUAAAUAUUACACCGUAUCUUUCGCUAAAUUAGUUGACUAAUUGCGUUUAAUGUUGAUCAGUCGCGGCCUCUGAACCCGCCGUUACCAAUUAGUGAUGCAACAAAUACAAAUUAAUUUUAUGCACCAUAUCGUAGUACCAAUACUCAAAUAGGUUACUUUUUUAAAUAUGGGACGUUCGAAAUAGUUCAUGAUCAAAACAUAGAUGGCGUGAUUCUAUAUUACGUCAUCUAUUAACUGAACUUCAGUUUAAAUGUUUUUUUUUUCGUGUUAAUUGAUUUUUUCGUGUUUUAGUAAUAUUUAGUUAUUAGUUGCAUCACUAAUACAUUAUGUUAGUGGAACAACGUGUUUGUGAUUUUGAUGAAGAUGUUAGAAACUAGAUAAUGGUCGUCUACCAACGUAUGUACGUAUGUACCAGUUAUAUGUAUUGUAUGUACAACAUAUAUGUAUCACUCGUCAGAUAUAUUUGUUCUAAUUGAAUCGUCAUGAUUAAAGUUCUUCCAAGCA